UUUGAAAUGUCUGGCCGUGGAAAACAGGGCGGCAAAAGUCGCGCCAAGGCUAAGACGCGUUCCUCCCGUGCCGGUCUGCAGUUCCCCGUGGGUCGCGUGCACCGUCUGCUCCGCAAGGGCAACUAUGCCGAGCGGGUCGGGGCCGGCGCGCCCGUGUACCUGGCGGCGGUGCUGGAGUACCUGACGGCCGAGAUCCUGGAGCUGGCGGGCAACGCGGCCCGCGACAACAAGAAGACGCGUAUCAUCCCGCGCCAUCUGCAGCUGGCCAUCCGCAACGACGAGGAGCUCAACAAGCUGCUGGGCCGUGUGACCAUCGCGCAGGGCGGCGUCCUGCCCAACAUCCAGGCCGUGCUGCUGCCCAAGAAGACCGAGAGCCACCAUAAAGCCAAGGGCAAAUAAACUAGGAAAACAGAACAUUGAAUUCUUGCAGCAUCAGUCUUAUCAAAAGGCUCUUUUCAGAGCCCCCCACGUACUCACUAAAAGGGCUUCUUACAUCCUUAAAUAGCUAACUGAAAAUUAUUUUAAGUUUAUCUAAUCUAGAAGUAAAUUCAGUACUUAAACUUCUAUCGGCUAAGAAUGUGGAAAAGGGUUGUGUCUCAGGUAGAGCCGAUCAAUGCAGCUGCCCCUCGGUUGUAAACCAGAAGUCAUGUGAUAAUAAGGCUUGUGUUGGAUUUAGGUGCAGACCUAACUAGUGACCCACAGGGUAAUAAACCCACACUCAGUAUUAUCUCAAAUUGAAAGCAGUUUCACAUCUGAAUAGGAGAACCAUCUGCAUUCAUACUUUCUGAAAGAAACAAUCUCCAACUACUGAGCUGGGGUCCUACUCAGUUGUAAUCAACCACACCCUGGAGUCACAGCUCCUUUGAGCAGAGCUAAACAGGGUUCACUGUGACUUUAAAAGGGCACACAGUAAUCUUUCUGU